AUGAGAUAUGUUAAAAGUGUUACAAAUUCUAUUAAUUGUUUUCCAUGAAAUCAUCAUAAUAAAUAUCUUGGUUGUUAAGUGCUAUAUCAAGAUGUAUCAACAAUUUUUCGGUCAAGCAAAAUCUGAUGUAGCUUAUUUGACUUCAGAAGAGUUGAAAGAACUUCUAAACGAUGACGAUAAAUUGGAAUCACGCAUAAAUAAUGUGGUCAACAUUUUGGAUCAAGAAAAACAAGUUAUCAUCACCCAAAAUCGAACAAUUGCAGAAGAAAACGUCAAUAAAGAACCAGAAAUUGUUGAAAGGAAGAGCAGAUUAAGUGAGCUUUCGGAUCAAGGAAAGUCUAUUUGCGCUAGUAUUCAGGAAAAACUGGAAACAUUAAAGUCGAAGAAAUGUGAUAAGUCCCCCGAAACGGCAUUGGCUUUAUUGCAAGCAGCAGCGGCUGAAAGCGAAGAGAAGUCUGAUGAUAUUGCAGCAAAGUUCCAGAGUAAAGAAAUAACAAUCGAUGAAUAUCUUGAACAGUUUAUGGCCGCACGCAAACUGAUGCACGCACGGAAACUGAAAAUCGAAAAGAUGCAGGAAAUUUUGCGAAGAAGUAGCAUCCCGGACACAACGUUCCGUCCGACAGGACCUACAAACUUUUACAACAUUCCUCCGAUACAACCCUUCCGCCAUUUCUGAUUCUUUUUGCAUAAAACGCUUUGUAUUUUGAAGCUAAAAGUUUGAUUUUAUUCACACCCAAAUAAAACAAGAAUUGUUUCUCCCUCAA